UAUUCUUAAUUGUAAUUUUCUUAGUUCAAUUAAAACAACGUACCUAACAAAGUAAUCCAGUGUCUAAUAGAAUUUAAAAUAUAAGCGGUGUUUUAUUUUAGUAGUAAAGUUAGUUUAACUAAGAGAAAAGAUCUCGUUUAGGUGGAAGUGUUACUGAAAGUAUAAUCAUAAUUUAAUGUUGAGUUAUGAAAUGAGUUUACACAAAGCAAGCAACAGGUCUGUGAAAUAAAUAGAGGAUCAAGUUGCUGAAUACUAGCAUUUUUGAAAAAAAUAAUAAUGUAUCAUAUAGUCAAAGCAUUUGAAGAAAUUUUGGAGCAAGAUGUUAUUGAUAUUAAAGAGCUGCAGAAAUUGGCAUUUAAUGGUGUGCCAGAUGAUAAAGGGUUGCGUUCAUUAGUUUGGCGAAUAUUGCUGCAUUAUGUACCCAAAGAGAAAUCUGCAAGAGAAUCUACACUUUUUAAAAAGCGGCAACUUUACAAGCAAUUUAUAGACGAGAUAAUUGUGUCUCCUGGUGGUCCUGCAGACCAUCCCCUGAACAUCAGUCCGGAUAGCUCAUGGAGUACUUAUUUCAAAGACAAUGAAGUACUGUUACAAAUUGACAAAGAUGUUAGAAGGCUGUGCCCUGAUAUCUCUUUCUUUCAAUCGGCAACAGAAUUCCCUUGUCUUGAGAUUGUGAACAGCAAUGGAGUAAAAAGAUUGCAUAAAAGAGUGGAACAAUCCGUUUUAAAAUAUUCUACGUUGGAACGACGUGGCCUCGGUGUUGCAAAGCUUAGUAAUGAGAUACGUCGUUCAGAAAGUAUUACGACAGGCGAUUAUGCUCCUUUGAAUGAAGGUUGCGAGGCACAUUGGGAGGUUGUUGAGAGAAUGUUGUUCUUGUAUGCCAAAUUGAACCCCGGGCAAGGUUAUGUCCAAGGAAUGAAUGAAAUCAUUGGACCUAUAUAUCAUACAUUUGCUAUUGAUGCUAACAAGGAGUACAGAGAACACGCUGAAGCCGACUGUUUUUUUUGUUUCACGAAUCUAAUGGCGGAAAUUCGUGACUUUUUCAUACGAACACUGGACGAAGCGGAGAGUGGUAUCAAUUAUAUGAUGAGCAAGUUGAGUGAAUGUGUCAAAAGAAAUGACCGCGCUGUCUGGGAUCGUAUGGAGAGACAGGAACUUCGCCCGCAAUAUUACAGCUUCAGAUGGCUGACUUUAUUAUUAUCUCAAGAAUUUUCUUUGCCCGAUGUUGAAAGAUUUUGGGACUCCUUAUUCGCAGAUCCACAUAGAUUUAAUUUUCUCAUUUAUAUUUGCUGUGCCAUGAUAUUAUUAGUACGAGAUGAUAUACUAAGCGGUGAUUUUGCAUCAAAUGUAAAACUACUGCAAAACUUUCCACCCAUGGAUGUUUCCUUAAUAUUAAAUAAAGCUGUGGACAUUUCUACGAGGUAAUAAUUAUCCCCGAACUCCACUACACUUUUAUUGACAUAUCUUACACACUCCUUGUGGGCAUAAAUCAAACUAAAUUAUAACUCAAUAGCGCCACCCUGUCAAUGUCAAAAAGUAUCACAAAAUCCUUGUCGUAAAGUCAAACAAGGAUAUCUCAAUCAGUGAGGCUCUAUAAAAAUAUUUAUAACACCUUAUUAGACAUAGAAAAUAACAUAAAAGAAAAAAACGACGACAUCUAAAGUUCAAAGAGGAUUUUUGAAUUUUGUGACGUUAACAGGAGACGCUAGAGAGUUGUAAUAAUUUAGUUUGACUUAUGCCCUCAGGUUCAGAUAGCUUCUGAUCUGUCGGUCUAUAACAAGAGGCGCUGUUAUCACGAUUAGUUCUGUCACAAAAUAUGUAAAACACGAUAUGACAGCUAAAAGAAUCUUGUGACAUUUUUUACUUUAACAGGAGGGCGCUAGCGAGCUAUCAUAAUCAACUUUGACAUAUGCCCACCGGGGCAAAUAAUGUUUACUUGGACAUAUGCCCUUAUGCUUGUGGUCAGAUAAUGUUUUUGGUUUAUAGUUCUUGCUAUAUUUAUUCUUUUUUCUGAGAGAACUAACCGCGAUAGCAGCGCCUCUUACCGGCUCAGAUAAAUUGUCAUA